CCGGCUGUACCUCCCUCCGUCCCGCAGCUGCCCUGCACACGGGCUCCACGGCUUUGGAAGUUCUUUCCGGGCACUGAGUAAACCGAAAGGGGAGUUUUGUUGGUAAUACGCCUGUGCUGAUGGUCUUGGUUUUAAGAGUCUCGUCUUCUUGUAACUGGUAGAUUCACUUUCUGAAGCUAUUAAUUAAUACCGUGUGACGUGUGGGAUCUGCAGAAUAGCCCUGUCCUCCUGAGGCCGCUACUUUUCAGUGGGUUGCCGCUUUCUAGAGAUGAAGUACUAGAGUUGAGAUAUUAAUGACUGUGUGAGAAUCCCUUUUCCUCAGUAAGAACAGCCGAGGGUAUACUUCCCAAGAAAAGACAAGUGCCCGAAGAUCUGCAGCAAGAGCAAGCUGAAGCCUUGCAGCCAGGGCAAUAAGACAAAGCAGCUAUGCCUGUUCAGUUGCUGAAAAUCAUUAAAGGACAAUCUGAGAUUCCACUACCAAGCCAUUUGCAGAAGGAGAAUUUGCAACAUUUGCAAGAAGGCCGUGAUCACGCCAACAAAUACAUUCAGGGAAUAGUUACUCUUUCCUAUCCAUUAACAAAACUCAGAGAUGGAACAGACUUUUUCAAGAUUGUUCUUCAAGAUUCGGAUGACUUGUGUUCCCAGAUCAACAGCAUCAGUGUUUUAAUAUAUGGAAAAAUGGCAGAGGAUUGUGCAAAAAUUAUACACCAUGGGGAAGCCAUGAUAGUUGCAGGAUUUAAGGUGAUAAAAUUGCCUACAGCGAGAGAGGAUGGUAGACAUGAGUGUCACCUGGAAGUGUCUGAAGAUGCUGGAUCAUCCAUUUAUAUUUGCAUUAAACCAGGAACAACUGCUGCUUCAGAAACUGCAUCUGUGUCUGUUGCUCCAAAAUAUGUUUAUACUCCCCUCAAUCAUCUAAAAGAUGGAACUAUAGUGAACUUGUAUGGCGUUGUGAAAUUCUUCAAGCCUCCAUAUAUUAGCAAAGGAACUGAUUAUUGCUCAGUUGUAACACUGGUGGACCCAUCAAAUGUGAAGUUAACAUGCAGUCUUUUUAAUGGAAACGUAGAUUUUCUACCAAAAAUUUACAAAGUUGGAGAUAUUGUUCGAUUUCAUAGAAUAAAGAUCAGGGAAUACAAUGGACAGAUGCAGGGAAUUACCAGUGGGGGAUUUGCAUCCUUAACAUUUGAUGGAACUGUAGGAGCUCCAGUAGUUCCUCGAGCUUCUAGCAGAGACUACACUUUCUUGGAUGAAGAACGGAAAACAAUAGAAGAAUUACGUAUUUGGGCAGCCACUAAUAUUUCCGUCUCUGGACCAGCAACAAAAUUGUCUGGUGUUGAGCCAAUGCUGUUCUUUGAUCUUACGUGCCAGCUGGUAGGAAAAGCAAAAGUGGAUGGAUCUUCUUUUCUUCUAAAGGUUUGGGAUGGCACUAAAUGUCCCUACCCCACAUGGAAGGUGCCUGUGGAAGCAAAAGACCUGGAAGGGGAAAAAGUUCUUCUUCAUCAGCUGAGAAAUCUAGCAGUGGACAUUCUAGUCUAUGAUAAUCAUGUACACCUGGCAGAAUCACUUAAGAUUGGAAGUUUUCUGAGAAUUUACAGUAUUCAUACGAAACAAGCAAGUGCUGACAAUGAAGAUGUCUCACAUAUAGAAUUUCAUCUUCAUGGUGGCACUUGUUAUGGUCGAGGAAUAGGAGUCUUGCCAGAAAGUAACCCAGAUGUUAAGGAGCUAAAAGCGUUUUUAGAAUCUCUGGAACUGACAGACAGUCAGGAUAUGGAAAGCAUGUGUUCAAUGGACGUGGACAGCACUUUUGGCAAUGUUACAGAUCUUGAAUUGCACUUGCAGAGAUGUCAGCAGCUAUCUGUUACAGUAUUAACAGAUCAUCAGGAUUUGAGUAACACAGAACUGAAAACCAUAACAAACAGCACAGCACCUCAACAGUAUCGCAUUAGAGCAAAGCUGAGAACUUACAAACCUCAAAAGCUCCAUCAGUCUGUUAAACUUCAUUGUUCCAAAUGCAACUCUUUGCAAGAAGUUCCAGAUAGAGAUGACUUUGACUCCAUUUUACGUGGCUCUGCCAGUACUGCCCCAAACCCAGAAUUACACAAUACAUCCUGGUAUGAAUCUGUAACAUGGACUACACAAGACCAGAAGCAGAGGGAAAUAACCAUCCAUUUUGUGAAGCAUGAUGAAAUGCUUCAACAUCCUGAAGACACCUUGCUUAUGAUAGAAGGUGGAACUCUGAAAGAAAUCUGGAAGCUUUCAAAAAGAUUUAAGUGUGUUAUUCCUGUGAGAUCCACAGAAGAUGAUCUUGAAUUAUUAGAUCUUUCAGCUCCUUUUCUUCUACAAGGGAAUGUAAAAUAUUAUGGGUGCAAGCAGUGUUCAACUCCAAAGCCUAUGAAGAAUCUAAGUUCCAUUGCAGCAGAACAGCAACCAUCAUGGGAACCAACUGAAAUUGCACAAGUUUUAGGUAUUGAACUGCUCCAGUAUGUUUUUAUUAUGAAGUUUACACUGGUUGAUGAAACAGGAGCACUAAAUGCAUACCUUUUUGAUUAUGAGAAGUUUUUCCAAAUUCCUGCCUCUGAAAUCUUAACUAGUAAUUUUCUUCAGCAAAAGAUGCAGAUGACCAUGAAUACACUCUGCCCUCCAGGAAGAAAACUAGGUGACUUGCCGUGGCUGGAGUGCUUCAUCAGGUCCUAUAAUGUCAGAGACGCAAUGAAAAAUCAAGUUUAUUACCAAAUUUUUGACACUACAGUUGCUGAAGAUGUUGUAUAGUCAUGUGUUGCUAAUUGGAAGUAAUCCAGUAAGAAUCAGUUUCUGGGGGUGGGGGCUGGGAUCAGAGAUUGUAUUAAAAAAAAAAAAAUCAUUGUUCCUUUCUUAGGAAUUUAACCUGUUUUUAUGAACUUUUAGGUUAUGUAUGAAUGGAAAUGGGAAUUAUACUCUGAUAUGUUUGCUUUUUUCCUGGCACACGACUUCGUGAUCUAAGGCCAGGUCGAGGUUCUAAGCUUCUCUCACUGGAAGCUGCUUGGCUUAGGCUGAUGGAAACAAUCUACUUUCCAUCUGUCCUUCAUAAAGGCAGUGAUGAGGUUACUCUAAUUUUGUGAAUUUUACUCAGAAAAAUGUAGUCAUUGUGUGUUCAUUUUUGUAUUAAAUUGUUGUAUUUUUGUAUUAAAUUAUGUCAACAGAGGCAGAGAGAAAGAGAUCUUCGGUAAACUCAGACUACUUUGUACAAGCCAAUAUUACUGUUCUCAGUUUGACAGGGAGGUUGGUUUUUGGAGACUUCUUUCAUUUUGUACUGAUUUGUACAUUUAGACAAACUCCUCCCAUUAGUGACACUCAAGUAACUGCUUCAUGUACCAGUUACUGCAGAUCCUGAUGGGGUUGUGAACAUGGCCAUGUAGUGAUUACCACGAAAAUUAAAGUCAAGCCAUGAAAGUAAACUAGUGUAAAAUUGUAAAAUGAAUAUUGACCUUUAGUAAUGAUUCUGAGGUGGCCAGGUUGGGUACCAAAGUUGUUUGCGUGUUUAUUAGCUGGGUCUGUGUUUUCAAAGGCUCGAUCUGCCUUUUCCAUCUUAUAUAAUCAGAUUGUGUGCCUAAAUUUAGAGAUACAAAACUGAUCUGGUGCUAUCAUGGACUGAAAAUUCUGCUGACUAGAAAACUGUAUGGUGGUUUUACUUCGCAUUCAGAAGUCUCUAGGACAAGUUCAGAACAUGUUUCUCUAAGGAUAAUUAAUGUAGAAAUCCCUGUCAAAUCGAAUGUUUUCCAUCAGAACAAAAUCAGUAUUUACAGCAGAUUUUUUAAAGAAUUUCAGAAGCAAGAUGGGAUAUUUGUAAGUAGAUUAUUGUUUUGAUAGUAGAUGACAAUUUUUUUUUUCCAUUUUUGAGGGCCAUUUAAUAGAUUAUGCAAUUUGUCUUAAAAUUUCAUCAAAUAUCCUCCGGUAAUUUUCUUGUACUGUAAAUUAUACUGUGUUUAAAUGUCAUAAGCCAGGAUAUUGUUCUUUGUUGAUUGGUGUAUAGGGGCAGCCAGUAUUAAAAGUGGUGAGUGUAUAUUUCCUUUAAAAAUUUCUAAAAAAUAUAAAUAUUUUGGAAUC